AAAUAUGACAAUAUGGAAAAUAUGUGGUGUAGUUGUCCCUUUAAAAUUUAUACUAUGGGUGUGAAAGGAGGAGGUCCUUGGCAACACGGACCCAGAUAGACACGAAAAUACAUUGUAACUAGAAUCAGCUAACAUUGUUUACCUAAUGAAUUAAUGCGUCAAGGAACCAAAGAAGAGUCACUGUGUGCCACGGGUCCAAGGAUUCGACAGCAUUCAUAUCUGGAGAAGUGGGCUACUCAAAUCUCAAUCUGGAAAUGUUAUCAACAAUGUCCUGCACUGAUUCAGAUUUCUAACUUCAACAUCUAGGUUACUGUACAUCAUUCCAAAAAUAAACAAUGGGGCAUCCUCCUCUUGAGUUCAGCGACUGCUAUGAGGACAGUCCGGAUUUUAGAGAAAGACUAAAAUGCUAUGAAUUAGAAUUGGAAAGAACAAGCAAAUUUCUCAAAGAUGUAAUCAAAGACGGCAACAGUGUAAUCAAUGCAAUCAAGGGUUAUUCAGUGGCAGUGCAGAAGUUCUCCCAGACACUCAGUGUGUUCCAGUUCGACUUCAUUGGUGAUUCUCUGACAGAUGAUGAGAUGAACAUUGCGGAGUCUUUCCAGGAGUUUGCUGGUCUCCUACAGGAAGUGGAGGAUGACAGGAUGAUGCUGGUUCAGAAUGCUUGUGAUCUGCUUAUCAAGCCACUGGAGAAGUUUCGCAAGGAGCAAAUAGGAGUGACAAAGGAAAGAAGGAAGAAGUUUGAGAAAGAGAGUGAAAAAUAUUACUCUCAGUUAGAUAAACAUCUGAAUUUGUCUGCUAAGAAGAAGGAAACUCAGCUGCAGGAGGCUGACGAGCUGCUGGACAAAGAGAGGCGGAACUUCUAUGAGUCGUCAGUGGAAUAUGUGUACCAGAUCCAGCAGGUGCAGGAUAGGAAGAAGUUUGAUGUGGUGGAGCCUGUGCUGGCAUUUCUUCACAGUAUCCUAACACUCAACAACCUGACGGUGGAGAUGACUCAGGACUUCAUGCCCUAUAAGCAGGAGCUGCAGCUCAGCUUGCAGAAUACGCGGAACCACUUUGAGAGCACUCGUGAGGAGAUAGAGGAGCUGAUGAAGAGAAUGAAGGAUCCAACCCAGAUCGGUAAAAUGCACAGCCAACCAGUCAUUGAGGGCUACUUGUACUCUCAGGAGAAGUGGGCCUUGGGUGUGUCAUGGGUGAAGUACUACUGUAAGUAUCACAAAGACAGCAAGCUGUUUGUCAUGGUCCCUGCUGAACCAAAACCUGCAACCAAACAGGGCCCCACAGAGCUGAAGCUUAAAUCCUGCUUCCGCAGAAAGACAGAGUCCAUAGACAAGCGCUUCUGCUUUGAUAUUGAAACUUACGAGAGAAACACACCUGUCACACUCCAGGCAGUUUCGGAGGCCAACAGGAAGUUGUGGAUGGAGGCCAUGUAUGGAAAAGAGCCUAUUUAUCAUUCCCCAAUUCACAAGCAAGCUGAAAUGGAAUUGAAUGAAGUUGGAUUCAAGUUUGUGAGAAAAUGCAUCAACUUUGUUGAAACUAAAGGACUCACACAAGAAGGAGUGUACAGAACUGUUGGCAGCAACAUCCAAGUCCAGAAGCUUUUAAAUGUAUUUUUUGACCAGAAAUGCCCAGGGGAUGUGGAUUUCCACAGCAGUGACUGGGACAUAAAAACCAUCACCAGUGCCAUGAAGUUUUAUCUCAGGAGUCUAGCAGAGCCUCUGAUGACCUACGGUCUCAACAGGGACCUCAUCUUAGCAGCAAAAUCGGAUAAUCUAGAUGAUCGACUGGGUGCAAUCCACUGCCUGACGUACAAACUCCCAGAGAAGAAUCGAGAAAUGCUAAGCCUACUGAUCCAACACCUGGUCAAUGUCUGCGGUAACAGUGGGGACAACCUGAUGACUCCCUCCAACAUGGGGGUGAUCUUUGGCCCCACCCUGAUGAGGGCAAAGGAGGAGACUGUGGCAGCCAUGUUGGAUAUAAAGUUCCAGAACAUUGUUGUUGAGAUUCUCAUUGAGGACUAUACCAAGAUCUUCUGCAGCGCACCAGAUGAGAGUUCCACAGCCCCACCGAUGCCUCCUCCAAGGAUCACCCCAAGGAAACGGCAACCAAUCACCAUCGCCAAGCGUCCGCUCCGCAUCUGCCUAGCAGUUAAUUGUGGGCAGCUCCAGAACACUGAGAAUGAGCAGAAUGGCAGCAGACCAGAGGGGGUGGAUUUUGGCGGGGACACCCCAACGAGCCCCACACCUCUCCAGAGGACCAAACCCAUCACCGCCCCUUCACGGCUCCAUAGGGACACUAAAAGGCAGGCCCUCCUGCCGAAGCCAUCCACCCGCCAGGACAGACACUCAGACUCUGACGUUGCCAAACUGGUCGCUAAGCUACAAGAUGGAGGUCAGAGGCCAGAUACAGCAGCAACAGCCAAUGGUGAGACGGGAGUCACUGUGAACCGAGCGCAGUCCUUCCAAUGUAGGAGACCACCUCCUCGAAGUGUUGCAGUCAUCAGAGAAGCAAAAAGUGACGGCAUUAUAAAAACAAGGUCUCUAGCUGAGAAGCCUGCCAUCUGCAGACCUCCAACCAGACCCCCUGACCCCCCUAGCCGAUACCCUGCACCCCACAAGAGCCCCACUGCAGCCCCCAGCGAGGACACCCCAGCGUCGUAUGUUGCUUCCAAAGCCAAGUUUUUUGAGAAUGCUUCAAGGCAAUUUGGAAGCUCAUCGGUCUCACCACCAGCAUCUACUUUACUCAAUGUGAAAGAGGAGAAUUUAAGUUGAUGAGUCUGUUACCAUGGCCUCUACUCCUGUCACUGAGCUGUGGAACUGCAGUGAGUAUCUGGACACAUACUGUAGUGGAACAAAGGAAACAGAGUGCAUUUUGUCCUGUCAGUGGACACCCUCCUGCUUGUUGCUAUAAGGGACCCAAUUAACAUGCUGUUUAAUUUGUGAUAAAGGAGCUCCAGUCUAGAUAUUAAAAACAAUCGGUUUAUUAAAGGAGGCCUUUAUAUGUCUCGGUCUGAUCCAAAUCUUGGAGAUUUUGGCAGCUGGAUCAAUAUUUAUACAUUCUAUGGGAUCAACCCUAUAAUGAUGUAAUUUUAACAAAAACAAUUUACCUGUUAACUAAAUGAUGUAAUGUUAACUAAAUGAAUCCUGGUCCAUGUGGCUAGUUCCAGUAUCCAGUUAUCUGACUUUUAAACUGCUCGAAAACAAGCUACUGUAGCUACCUAAUACCAUUUGGAUUCACAUACAUGUAGGCUAUACUAUAGUACCCUACUGUAACAGGUUGAAAUGAAAGCAAGCGACUCGGUUGUUGCACAAUAGUGUUAACUACUGUAGUAUCUUAAAGCAAAACGGAGAGCCUAAGGUGCAGAUUCUAAGUCUCAGAGGUUAUUUUACUGCUGCCGUUUAAUUCUUUGUUACUUUUAUUUUCAACUUUUUACUUAUCUAUUUUUUACUUAACACUUAUUUUUCUUAACUUCUUAAAGCAUUGUUGGUCAAGGGCUUGUAAGUAAGCAUUUCACUGUAAGGUCUACACCUGUUGUAUUUGGCACGUGACAAAUAAACUGUUAUUUGAUUUGAGUUAUAUGA